CUGACCUGACAUCUUCCGGGGCUGGGCGAGUCCCCUUUCGGUAAGGUGCGUAAUUAGCGUAGAUAUGGCGAUCAGAGAUACCAUGCAGCAUGUCGUUCCCGAGUACGGGAUAAGGGAUAUUGGUGUCUUGAGCUUAUGGUUUGUGGUGUGAUCACUCUGUUAGAGUUUACAAGUGCGAUAUUCCCAAGUGUUUCAGACUUCAGUCUCCCUAGAUGCCGUCGGAAAUGGCCUCGAAAUCCCUUAUCUCUGCCGUUCUCUCAAUCCCACGCCCAGUCCUGUCGGCGACGCUACCCACAUCCCGCGACUCCCUCCGCAGCCGCCUCCAACAUCCAUCAGAUGCAACAUGCAGGUCCAACGGGGAUCCUCACCCCUGGCGUCAUCUCACCAUGUUUAUAUCCAAGUCUAGAAUAGCAUCACACCAGGCUGCUGCAUUCGUUGUUCGCCUCGUCUACCGCAAUCGUCUUGCCUGCAUUGAACCAUCUUGCUUUUACCUGCGCCAUGUGCCGCUAUCCCUGAGAUUCACCGAUAAACGCCGCGGCUGGGUGCAGGCGAUGAGGUUGCUCAGCCUGAAUUAUGGACCCUGUCACUGCUCUAUCUGCGCAUUUGAGUAUUCAUAUAUGGCAGUUGGUAGGGUAAGAUAUGGCAGCAAAGUACCGAGAUCACGGCUAUUGGUACGUGAGUGACAGGGACAAUGGGCUGAGACUGUUGAGAUGUGGGUACAAGGCUUCCAAUUGAUCUCGUCUGGAAGGUCCUUGACAUUUCAUUUGAGGAACUUCUCUAGGCAUUGUCGCGGAGAUGUU